GAGUGCUCUCCAUUUGAUCACCCUUCUCUUCUCAUUUCCCACGUAGGGAUAAGAAAAAUAUGGUUUAGAGAGUUUUUGAAAGAGAAGCUUUGUAUACCAUCACCGAAAAUAUAUAUACAUAUAAUAUAUAUAUAUAUAGAGAGAGAUAGAGGAGAGAGAAAUGGCUACAACAUCUGCUGCAAUAGUAAAUGGAUUGGGCUCUCCCUUCUUGUCUGGUGGGAAGAAGAGUCAAGCAUUGUUGUCUGCACCCAUUGGAGCCAGAAUUGGCAGUGCUGCUGUUGCUCCUAGGAGGUUGGUUGUGGUGGCCGCUGCUCCUAAGAAGUCUUGGAUCCCAGGUGUUAGAGGUGGGGGCAACUUCGUUGACCCCGAGUGGCUCGAUGGCUCGCUUCCAGGUGACUAUGGGUUCGAUCCAUUAGGUCUAGGCAAGGACCCUGCAUUUCUGAAAUGGUACAGAGAAGCUGAACUGAUCCAUGGCAGAUGGGCAAUGGCUGCAGUUGUCGGAAUCUUCGUCGGCCAAGCCUACAGCGGCAUUCCAUGGUUCGAAGCCGGUGCAGAUCCGGGUGCCAUUGCACCCUUCUCCUUCGGCACUCUCCUCGGCACCCAACUCCUCCUAAUGGGAUGGGUUGAGAGCAAGAGAUGGGUUGAUUUCUUCAACCCCGAAUCGCAGUCCGUGGAGUGGGCCACGCCGUGGUCUAAAACCGCGGAAAACUUUGCUAACGCAACCGGCGAACAAGGCUACCCGGGCGGCAAAUUCUUCGACCCAUUGGGGUUCGCCGGCACGAUCCGGAACGGCGUUUACAUUCCGGACACCGAGAAGCUUGAAAGAUUGAAGCUGGCUGAGAUUAAGCAUGCAAGGCUUGCCAUGGUGGCUAUGCUAAUUUUCUACUUUGAGGCAGGGCAAGGUAAGACACCCCUUGGAGCUUUGGGAUUGUAAACUGGUAUGGUCUGGUUUGAGUAUGAAUGUAAAAAGUAAUGGAUUGGAAUUCAAAAGGCUGAAUUUAUUUCUAAUA